CCCAAUCACCGAGGCGACAUGUACAAGGCAGUGUUUGCAGUACUGAGUGUGCUCCUGCUGGUGGCCGCCGCCCUGGCCAGCCCCGUGCCGGAGCCCGGCUACGGCGGCUAUGGUGGCGGACAUGGCGGAGGUGGUUAUGGCGGCUACGGUGGGCAUGGCGGUGGCGGCCAUGGAGGUGGUUAUGGCGGCUACGGUGGGUAUGGCGGUGGCGGCCAUGGAGGUGGUUAUGGUGGCUACGGCGGCUACCAUGGCUAGGGACGCUGAAGGAGGAGCCUGCACUCCCGUCAAGAAGAGUUACCCAAAGAGUUGGCAAAGCUCGUCCUCGUCCUGUCCCGUUGUUGUUGUGUGUCACGAGGACGAGCAAUGUUUCGGCCGAGAACACCUCCAAUAAAGGUUUUCUUUCUUA